AUGUACGAGCUGGACCCUCUGGAUGUCCCUCCUCUCACCCCGACCAGUAAAGAGGUUCUCAGCCAGGCAGUGAAAGCCAGUUUUGCUGGUUUCGCCCAGGAAAGAAUCAAGCGUCACUUCCCCCAAGAUCCAGACCUAUGGUCCCAGAGGGAGGUCAACCACUGGUUGGACUGGUGCCAGAGUGAGUUUGGUCUGCACUGCCUGGGUUCGGACCUGAGGGGCUUACAGGGUAGUGAGCUGUGUGUCCUGGACAGAGAGGCUUUUCUGGGCCUGAUGUCGGACUGCACAGCCGGAGAGAUCCUGUGGGAACAUCUGGAGACGAUGAGAAGAGAAAAUGAAUAUGACUACAGUUCUUCAUUACCCACCAACAUGAUGCCAUUAUACUACAACAAAGAAAACUACCCCGACUAUGUUCAGGAACAUUCAGACACACACAGUUACCACGUUCAGUAUCGUCUCAGUGAGAGGACGGACCUCCACAGUCUGGACUCUGUUACUGCUCAGCAUCAGGAUUACUACCAGAUCAAAACAGAAGAAACCAACAGAAACAUGAGCUCUGUUGAGGGAAACGCAGAGACUGAGUCAGAGGUGGAGAUUCUUCACAGCGAUGAUUCAGACACUGUGGGCUCUCUGUCAUGGACCGAUCCACACCAUGAUAUGGACCCAGCAGUGGAAGAGCCCAUGUUUGAAGAUGUGUUCACUUUGACACAGCAACACAAGAGCUUCAAAGAAUACGUGGGCAACAAAACCAACCUGGGAAGAGCUGUGAUACCAGCGGCCAUCCUCGCCGGAUACACUGGGAGCGGUCCUAUUCAGCUGUGGCAGUUUCUACUGGAGCUCCUGACCGAUCGCAGCCGUCAGUCAUGCAUCAGCUGGACAGGAGACGGGUGGGAGUUCAAGUUGACGGACCCCGAUGAGGUGGCCCUGCUCUGGGGUCGGAGGAAAAACAAACCUAAAAUGAACUACGAGAAGCUGAGUCGUGGUCUGCGCUACUACUACGACAAGAACAUCAUCCGUAAGACGGCGGGUAAACGCUACGUUUACCGCUUCGUCUGUAACCUGCAAGGCCUGUUGGGAUAUGAGCCUGGGGAGCUGCAUGCUAUGUUGGAUAUCAGCACAAAGACUCAUUAA